AUUACGAAAUUGAUUGCAAGAAAUAAGUAAAGGCAACUACACACGGUAGACGUCAUUAUACAAUGGCGCUUUUGCGCGUUCUGCUAACUAUUCUAACGGUUCAUUCUUCUACGAAAAUGGCAUUUGGAGACAUUACAGUACGAAGUAACGAAGACCUCGGGGUUGAUGCGGUGUAUGAACGAUCAGCACCAAAUGAAAAUCUGUGCAUAGGAUUAAAUCAGCCAAUAAAUGGUUUGUUCUCAUGCACGUUUCAGACGAAGGAAAGUACUUGCACUGCAUCCUGUGAAGACGGAUAUGCAUUUCCCGGGGGUGACGAGACUAUCACUACUACAUGCCAAAACAAUGAAGGAAUUUGGUCACCUUAUGCUCAAUUGCCAGACUGUGAACCUGUUUGUAAGAUUUCUUGUCAGAAUGGAGGCUCAUGCACCUCCCCAGGCUCCUGUUCCUGCCUCCCAGGCUUUAGUGGUAGCUACUGUCAAACAACUGAGCAGCAUUGCACGAAUCCACCAGCACCGCUGAAGGGUUCCAUCAGUUGUGGGUUUGAGGGUAGCAGCUUUGUAUGCCGAGUGGGAUGUGUUUCUGGCUAUACCAUAUCAGAAUUUACUGCCACCACGGUUGGAAUAAACAAGUCGAUAGAUCCCGAUACAGCAGAUACAGCUACCAUUAACCAAGAACCGGAUGGGUAUUGUACUACUUGGUCUCAGGAUCAGUACCGAACCUUUGAUGGGAAAAUCUACAGCUUCCAUGGUUCCUGUCACUACUUGCUGCUAGAUGAUGCCGCAGACAGCACUUUCCAAAUUCAUAUAAUGAAUGACGACGACUGCACUCCAGCGAUGGCAUGCAGCAGGUCGUUGGCAAUUUACAUCUCCAGUGUUGAAGUAAUUCUGCGAAAAUCUGACGAUUCUCCAGUGGUUAUUAGAAAUUCUGAGCUUCAAAUUCUGCCAACUGCAUUUGAUGGCUUGGAAAUUGAGAUGAUAUCUAAUUAUGUCAUAGUGCGCAGUAGCUAUGGAUUUGAUCUGCGUUGGGACGGGGAGGAAGCAUUUUACAUCACUGCCGGUUAUGAGUUAUUCACCAAAACAAAGGGUCUCUGUGGAACGUACACCGAUGAUCCAGAAGAUGACUUUAUGAUGCGAGAUGGCACCAUCUCACAAUCACCGACAUCUUUUGCUUCUGAAUACACAAUGAAUCCAGAGGAUUGUGUGGCAAUGAAUCAAGUUUCUUACUGUAAGUCGGUCACAUCACGUGAUAGAGCUUUAAACCUUUGUGAACCUAUCAGGUCGGGGGCUGAGUUUAGCGCAUGUCACCUGCUUGUAAAUUCCAAGCCUUAUUACGACGCUUGUAGAGAAGACGUCUGCAAUUGUGAUUUAUCACGGUCUGACUGUGCUUGUAAUGCAUACGAGGCGUACGCCAGGGAGUGCGCAAGGAAGCAAGUUGUUGUGGAGUGGAGAAAACAGGAACGAUGUCCGCUGUCUUGUCCAUCUCAGAUGGUUUAUAAACAGUGUGGCACAUCGUGUCCUUUGACUUGCAAGAGUACUACUUAUGAUUGUAUUGACGACCAUUGCAUUGACGGAUGCCAUUGUCCAGAUCACCUGGUUUUUAAUAACAACGCAUGCGUAGAACCUUCCCAAUGCCCAUGCACUUACCAAAAGAGAGAAUAUUCAGCUGGAUCAACCAUUUCUAUUGACAACGGCUGCAACACAUGCGUUUGUGACGGGGGUAGCUGGGAUUGUACAGACACCAUUUGUCAAGCAACAUGCUCUGCUGUUGGUGACCCUCAUUAUGUGACAUUCGAUGGACAGCAUUAUAACUUCGUUGGAGAUUGUAGUUAUGUCCUUGUGGAGAGCUGUGAUGGUCUUAAUACUGAUUACUCAAUCCAGGUGGAAAAUACAAAAUGUGGACUCCAAGGUUACUCAUGUACCAAGUAUGUGAUAGUCAACGUGGGAGCAACACGGGUAAAAAUGAGACAGAAUCACAUUGUAUCGGUGAAUGGAGAAGACAUAGAUGAGCUACCGCACUCUGCACCCGGAGUCUUUAUUGAACAAUUAUCAUCCAUAUACCAAAGGGUCAUAUUAGACAAUGGUUUUAUAGUUUUAUGGGACGGCUUUGUGCGAGUAUAUGUUACAGCGCCAUCAAGCUUUUUCGGCGAUCUUAAAACGUGCGGCUUGUGUGGCACAUUCGAUCGUAAACAAGGAACUGACUUCAGGACGAGAGCUGGAGAUAUCGAAAAACAACCUUCAAGUUUUGCGGCCAAGUGGGUAAUAGAGGGCUCCUGUCCAGCGAUAUCAAACACUCUGGACGCUGCAAGUCCUUGUGAUAUCUUUUCGCACCGAAAACUAAUGGCCCAGCAAACCUGUACAAUCUUGAAGGCGGCCCCUUUCGAUGCUUGUCAUCACGUUGUUGGAGUGGAUCAAUACUUCGAAGACUGUAAGUACGACGUCUGCGCUAACACAGACGUUAAUAUGUUCUGUGCAAGUUUAGCAGUCUACGCUGAUGCGUGUGCCAAAAUGGGGACCCCGAUUGAUUGGCGGUCACAAAUAACCGAAUGUGCAAUUGUAUGCGAAGGAGAUCAAAUCUACCAGGAGUGUGGGUCAGCAUGUAAAACAAGCUGUGCUGCUCUUACUGCAAAAGUGUCUUGUCAAGAGGAAUGUAUCGCAGGAUGUAGUUGUCCGAAUGGACAAGUACUUGACCAAUAUGGCCGCUGUAUAGCUUUCAGCAGCUGUCCAUGUGAAUACAACGGCCGGUAUUACAACCCGGGGGAAAAUAUUAGACAAGGAUGUCAGAAUUGCAAGUGUGAUAAUGGUAUUUGGCAAUGCACGGAGAAUACUUGCUCUCCUGAUGAACCAGUAUGCGGGGAAAAUAUGGAGUUUGCCGAAUGCCGUGAACCAUGUCCUCUGACCUGUGCAAACCUAGAUGAAAUAGAUGCAGCAUGUAAUACUGUAAAGUGCGAGCCUGGCUGUCAGUGUGUUGGGGACUUCGUCUUUGACGGUGAUCAAUGCGUUAGAAAAGAGGAUUGUCCUUGUUACCAUGGAGACAGGAGCUACCGGAAUUGGGAAACAAUCAUGAUGGAUUGCAACCAAUGUGUCUGCAAUGGUCGAAAAUGGGAAUGUGAAACAAAAGCCUGUCCAGGCAUAUGUACUGUCUAUGGCGAAUCACAUUACACAUCAUUUGACUCUAGACAAUUUGAGUUCCAAGGAGAGUGUACGUACACCAUGGUUCAGAGUACGUCUGAUUCGCAUAUCGAAUUCUCCAUUAAGUCUCAAAACAUCUUAUGUGGAUCCACUGGCGUAACCUGUACAAAAUCCAUAAUUUUCAACGUUGGAUCUGGUGUCGAUAAAGAAACUGUUGAGUUGGUUCGCGGAAAAACUCUUGAACUCCCGAUGAAUUCACAUUUCCAUAUGCAUGAUAUUGGAAACUACAUCUUCAUCACAAUUCCCGAAGGAGUUACGUUGCAGUGGGACAGGGGUACAUUAAUGUACAUAAGACUUAGUCCAGAGCAUAGUAAAAAUGUAACUGGUCUUUGUGGCAACUUCGACAGUGAUCAUGUGAAUGAUUUUGUUCCAUCUUCUGGCGGACCACCAGUUGCCACAGCCACUGAAUUUGGAGACAGUUGGAAGGCGCGACAGUCUUGUCCACCGACACAAGAGAUCAACAACACUUGUUCAUUAGUACCACAUAGAGAGGCAUGGGCUGUGAAGAAGUGUGCAAUUAUCAAGUCAGACAUAUUCCAGGCUUGUCAUUUUGAGGUUCCUUAUGAAAACUAUUACCAGAGAUGUGUGUACGAUGCAUGUGGAUGUGAUUUCGGUGGAGACUGUGAGUGCUUGUGUACUGCAAUUAAAGCGUAUGCACACGCUUGUGUACUACAUGGUAUUGAGGUCGACUGGCGAUCCAAUGAACAUUGCCCAAUGCAAUGCGAUGGGUGUGGCCAAUGGGUGCCCUGCACGACUCCUUGUCCAAAAACCUGUGACAAUUAUUGCUGUGACAAAGAAUGUGAAAUUGAUGGAUGCGUUGAAGGAUGCGAAUGCGAUGAUGGUCAUGUGCUUGACCCGACAAGCAGUCGAUGUGUACCAAUAGAUGAGUGCCCAUCAGAAUGCACUUGCACUACCACAACAGUGACAACAACAAAGCCACAGACCACGAUACCAACACUAUCAGGAAAUAAGACGGAUAUAUCAACAACACCAACAUCCGGGAUCCCAACACCUACUACAGAAUCUCCCUGCGAUGGCUGCUGGAGUGAGUGGAUAGACACGUGGAAGCCCAGUCCUAUAAAUGGUGGUGAUUUUGAGAUUUUGGAAAAAAUCACGAUAGAUUAUCCAGUCUGCAGAAUGCCCUAUGAAAUUGAAUGUAGAGAAAAAAACUUCAAAAAUCCAUACCAAAGUACUGGUCAACGCGUAACCUGCAAGACUAAUGAAGGAUUGAUAUGUCUGAAUAGUGAUAAUUUUGGAGUUUGCUACAACUAUGAAAUUAGAUUGUGUUGUCCUUGUAAUUUGACCACAAUUCCACCAACGACGUCAACAGUGCAGCCAACAACUACACUAACGGUUACCACAACUGAAGAACCAACUACUACGCUCAUGUCAACAGUGCAGCCAACAACUACACCAACAAUUACCACAACUGAAGGACCAACUACU